CACUUUCUUGAAUUAUGUUUUCUAGCGGAGACAACAAGGAGGAGGAUUUCAAAGAUCUCAUAGCAUAUACAGCCGGAAAGACAUUCUUUUUCUUCUAAAACAGUGAAGUCCCCCACCCCACCACACCAAUAAAAUAAACGCCGGCUGCGGCCGGCAGUUUCUUUUGUCACUUCCUUUUACUACCUUUUUCUUUCUUUUUCUCUCUGAAACUUCACCAUGUGUCUUAUUGUCUUUCUCUUCGAUAUUGUAUCUGUCCCUUGUUUGCUUUGUUAUUGAUUAAAGAAACAUUAGUGAUCGAUAACACACCGAAACUGGACUAGACCCAGAUAAGCCAUGGGCUGUGCACAGGGCAAGUUUUCAUCAGCAUGUUCACCAUCGACAGGUUUACAGAAGCUAAAGAUAGAAAAUGGGUAUAUGGAAAAAAGAGAGUAUGCAGGUCAUAGAAGGUCCACGGGGCUGAGGUUCUCUGGUAGGCUGAAUAAUUCUGACCCACCGCCCAAGAAUUACAAUGGUGGCUUUAGUAGUGACGGCAGCGGAGGAGGCAGUGGAGGAGACAGGAAAUAUAGCAACAGAAGCGGAGAGAAAGAAGGCAUUGAUGGUGAUGGUAGAAAGGAUUCCCAGAGAGCUUUGCUCAAUGAUACGGAGGAGCUGGUGGAUGGGUGGCCUAAGUGGCUCACUGAUAAUGUUCCCAAAAAGGUUUUGGCUAGUUUAGUUCCAAAAAGUGCUGAGAAUUAUGAUAAGAUUGAUAAGGUAGGUCAGGGAACCUACAGCAAUGUGUAUAAAGCUCGAGAUAGGGACACCGGAAAAAUUGUAGCUUUGAAGAAGGUUCGUUUCGACACAUCAGAACCCGAGAGUGUGAAAUUUAUGGCCAGAGAGAUCAUGAUUUUGCAGAAGUUAGAUCAUCCCAACGUGGUAAAGCUUGAAGGAAUUGCCACAUCCAGACUGCACUAUAGUCUUUAUCUUGUUUUCGAUUUCAUGCAGACAGAUUUAGCAUCGAUCAUCACCUGUCCCGAAGGGAGGCUUACUGAACCACAGGUCAAGAGUUAUAUGCAUCAGCUUCUUUCAGGUCUGCAGCACUGCCACGAAAGGGGAAUUCUGCACAGAGAUAUUAAAGGAUCUAAUUUACUAAUUGAUAAAAGUGGGAUGCUAAAGAUUGCUGAUUUUGGGCUGGCAAAUUAUUAUUCUCCUGAACACAAACGUCCUCUCACAAGCAGGGUCGUGACGCUUUGGUAUAGAGCUCCUGAGCUGUUGUUGGGUUCGACAGACUAUGGAGUGGGUAUUGAUCUUUGGAGUGCUGGAUGCCUCUUGGCAGAAAUGAUUUCUGGCAGGCCAAUCAUGCCAGGAAGAACUGAGGUUGAACAGCUACAUAGGAUUUUUAAGCUAUGCGGCACUCCUUCUGAAGAUUAUUGGAAAAAGCUAAAGCUGUCUACAACCUUCCGGCCUCCAAAAUCUUACAAACCUAGUCUUUUCGAAGCUUUCGGGGAAUUUCCUGAAUCGUCUUUGGGUCUAUUGAGCACUCUUCUUGCUCUAGAUCCUGCAUACCGAGGCUCUGCAUCUUCAGCUCUCCAGAAUGAAUUCUUUUACACAUGCCCUUUGGCCUGCGACCUAUCAGGUCUACCUGUAAUUUGGCGAGAGGAGGAUGAAUUUGCUCAAGCUAGAGAGCAGAGAAAGCAUGGGAAAUCUAAAAUGAAACGAAGGGCUCGAACAUAUCGUGAGCGUGGAAGCAAAGAUCUAAUGGCUGAAAAACCAAAAGAAGAUUCUACCCAGUCUAAAGAGGAGCCAGAGAAGAAUGGUGAGCCAAAAAAGGUCCAAAUUCAGGAGCCUGGCAGCAGUACUAGCAGCAGCUCAUCUGGAACAAAGCUGACUCGCCAAGCAGAAAGCCCACCAUUCUUGGCCUCACCAUUUCCAUCUUCUAAGCAAACAAUAAUGUCUCCAAGAACCAGAGGCCUACUCCCAUUACCUGCCUAUAAAACCAGCAGCAAGAAGUACAAUAAUGACAGCUUGUACAUAUUAAAUCAGGUGAAUAGGUCUGCUUCCACAAGAGAAUUCAGAAAACUAAAUCAAGGGAAACGUUUACAACGCUAUGCAAUGGAUAACUAGGCCACCUGCAAAGCAAAUCUUGGUAUAAACUUUCAAGUUAUACCAUAGUUGCUGUAUCUUCUGAUUUCAAUUUUUUUUCCCUCACUUUUCAAAUGGAAUGGAAAUGGAGGUCUUCCAUUCCAAGUUCAUUAUUUUUGGAUAAUCAGAUAUAAUUUAGUGUUAAUCUUAAAAAUUAUACUGAAAAGUA